AUGCCAGCCAUAUCUUCGACCUCUGCUUCCGCAUCAUCAAGUAGGAUGUCUUCCCCCGCUCCUACUCCUUCGGGGUGCGGUGGAUCCGGUCCAAUGCAACCUAUCGAUGCCUAUCGACCGAUAUCUGGACAGGUCAAAAAACCAAUCAUACCACUUUUGCCUUCUUCAGCGACCCCGAACCUACCAACAUUACUAUCUCUAGAUCCAAUCACUUAUUCAUCGAGAUUAUCAGGUAAAACACUCCAAACUUCCGAUCCUACCUCUUCUUCAUCUACCACUCUACCGAAUCUUGGCAGUAGCAGUAUAUCACCUUUGGUAAGAGGGAAGAAGAGAAAUAGGGGAUAUCCAAGUGAAUUGCAGAAAGUCAGAGACGAACAGCAGCGGAAAGAGGGCGAACGGAAGGAAUUAGGAUUGAGUGGGAUGAGGAAAGUUAGGAGAAGGUUAGGUGGAGUUAUGAACAAGGGGACGAAGAUCUCAUACAACUCCCUGAUACCUCUCAAUCACCUUCAUACGAAUUACCUAUUCCAACUCUUAUCUUUGCCUCCUCUUCCAUCUCCUUCAUCGUCGAACAUCAACACCACCAAUAAUGUGACGCCGACAACAAAUUCCGAUGCUGUAUUAUCUAAAUUGUCCAAAGCUGAUUUUACCGGUAUGAAAAUAACAGUCAUAUCAUCUAAGAAUCCAUCAUUGGUGAAUCAAAAAGGUAUAAUAAUAGAAGAGACAUGUUCGACAUUUCGGAUAGUUACGAAGAUAGACAAUAAAGUCAAGGUCAUACCGAAAAAUGGAAGUUUAUUUAGAAUUUAUAUACCAGCUUAUUCACCCUUAUCUUUAAUGUCAUCCAGCAUCCAGGAUAUAGAUAUAGACAUGGGUGAUCAACAUGGAUCUGGAUUGGAUUCAGAAGACCUUUUGAAUCAAUGUCCAAGAUUACAGAUCGAUUUGUUAGGAUCGAAUUUCCUUGAUAGAUCGGGGGAUAGAGCAGGUAAGAAAUUGAAACCUCUUCAAGGGAAUGGUGGUGGAUCGGGAUGGGCUCAGGAUUGGAUAAAGGAAACGGAUUGGGAAAAGACGUUCAGUUUGUUAGCGGAUAAACUCGGUGAGACAAGCAACAGAAAGGCGACAGCUGUGAAAGGAAAGAAGCGUAGUAGUGGUGGAGAAGAAAAGAAGAGGAAGAGGAAUAAGAGUAGAAGGAAGGAUCCACCGGCUUUUGGCAAUCCCGAGUAA